GAAGUCGUCGCGCUACCUUUUUUCUGUGCCACAACAGUAGCUAGGUACGGAGCUAGCUAAAAAAUAAACCCAGAAAACUCUAGCUGUGGUCUUUCUUUAGGAAAGCUGCUUAGUAUAUUACUGUACAUACAGCGCCACGGAUAUAUAUUUAUAUCAUAUAAUGAUCUAGAAAAUGAUUUUAUAACCGAGGAAACCGAAUGCGGCAUCUGAGCAGUGCAGGCUAAUAACAUCGGCUAGCGUUAGCAUCAUUAGCAGGAAGAGGCCACACCGGCUCGCUUUAGCUUUGGUGAGGAUCAGGCGCACAGAUGGACGGAGAGGAGGAUUUUUCAGGGAAUCACUCAGAUGAUGGUAGUGGCACUCCAGUGCAGGACGAACACGCGAUGGCCUCCGACGCCGAAGACGAGAGAGCAGAAUCGCACCACUCUGAGGAUGAGGGCAGUGACAGAGAAGGUCCUGCCUCCAGUCCAGCAGCUCCUGCGGACGAUAGCGAAUCAGAACACGAGGACCGAACAGGGGGAGGCGCCAACAGCGGUGAUGACGACGACGAUGGUGGUGGUGGUGGUGGUGAUGAUGAUGAUGAUCAUGAAGGCUCCCCUCGUAAGCAAAGAGGAAGCAUGUCAGACACUGAGGAUCAGCACAAAGAGCAGGACAGCGAAUCAGAAAACGAGGAGCCGCAGAAGGGGCGGAGCCAUGAUUCAGACUCGGACGAAUCAGGCGGAGAGAAGGUGAAACAGAGGGACUCGGGCGGAGAGGAGCGCAGGAAAGAGGAUGGAGAGCGGAGGAAACAUGCGAUACAGUCUGACAGCGAGGAAGAGGAGGACAGGAAGCCUAAAGAUGAAGCAGGAAGUGAGCAGGAAGACGGGCGAGCUCGGCAGAUCCGCUCUGACAGUGACGACGAUGACGAGCAACCAGUGAAGAGGAAGAAAGUGAUUCUCUCCGACAGCGAGGACGAGGACGAGCCAAAAGCGGUGAAGAAGAGGAGAGCCAUGUCAGAUAGUGAGGAAGGCUCGGAGGCUCCUGAUAAGACGGUCGCCGCUAAACUCAGAGAGCUUGGCUCAGACAGCGAGGAUGAGGAGGAGAGCAGGACGAAGAUGGACACGGGGAAAAAAGAUGAGAAGACGCUGUUUGGCAGCGACAGUGACUCAGACAACGAUGUGGAAGAGAAAAUGAUAGCAGACAUAUUUGGAGAGUCAGGUGAUGAGAAUGAAGAGGAGUUUACGGGCUUUAACCAGGAGGAGUUGGAGGGCCAGAAGCAGCAGUCUCAGGCUGCAGGACAGAAGGCAGAGAUGGACGACUCUGACUCGGACGACGAUGUGGACAGAGGGAAAGAUAUGUCGUUCAUGUCUGAUUUUGAACUCAUGCUAGCGAAAAAGAAAGCUCAAAGCGGUAAGCGGAGACGGCAUCGAGACGGAGGAACCUUCAUCAGCGACGCCGACGAUGUCGUCAGUGCCAUGAUCACCAAGAUGAACGAAGCUGCUGAGGAGGAUCGGACACUGAACAGUCAGAAGAAGCCGGCUCUGAAAAAGCUGAUGCUCCUGCCCACCGUCGUCAUGCAUUUAAAAAAGCAGGAUCUGAAGGAGACGUUUAUAGACAGCGGUGUGAUGAUGGCGAUUAAAGAGUGGAUCAGUCCCCUUCCUGAUAAGAGUCUUCCGGCCUUGAAGAUCAGAGAGGAACUGCUGAAGAUCCUGCAGGAGUUACCCAGUGUGAGUCAGGAGACUCUGAAGAUGAGUGGAAUCGGCCGAGCUGUCAUGUUCCUCUACAAACACCCCAAAGAGUCGCGACCUAACAAAGACCUCGCUCUCAAACUCAUCAAUGAAUGGUCUCGGCCCAUCUUUGGCUUGUCGUCUAAUUAUAAAUGCAUGACGAGGGAGGAGAGGCAGCAGAGAGACCUCGAUCAGCAGAUUGCCCCCCGCCGGAGACUCAGCUCAGGAGGUCAGACUCCUCGCAGAGAUCUGGAGAAAGUGUUAACAGGAGAGGAGAAAGCGUUGCGGCCUGGUGACCCUGGGUUCUGCGCGAGGGCGCGUGUUCCGAUGCCCUCCAAUAAAGACUACGUGGUGCGACCCAAGUGGAACGUGGAGACGGAUUCAAACCGGGGUCCUGUAAGGAAGAGUUUAUCACGUGUAGAUAAACAGAUGCGACGCUUUGCUGAUAUCCGCCGCCUCACGAAGACGGGUCACGCGGUGAAGAUCAGCGUCGAAGGCAACCGCAUGCCUCUCUGAUUCCUCGUGCGCAUCACUUCCUGUAUGUUUUUGUUCGUCUGAUUUUUUUUCUGUGAUGGAGUACGUGUGGAGGUCGACACUGCUGUAGGAGGAGGAAAAGGAGGCGGUUGUAGCUACACGUCUGUAAUAUAGCUGUAAUAACGUGUGUAACGUGAGCCUACGAUGUUCAGGUGUAACUUUCAUAAUAAAGACUUUCCAAACCUUUUGCUUUUA